GUCAUUUCUUGACUGCGGUUUCUCUCUCUAGUUUUUUUGUUUAUGGUUCUGUAUUUUUUGGUUUAUGAUUCGUUAUACCUCGGAAUCCGAGUUAAAACGUUUUUCUGAGAACCCUAAUAAGAGACGCACCUCUCUCGCUGUUGGAGCAGAACUUCCACGUUCCGUAAAGUGUUUGCGUCUUGAAUCCUGUGUUUCGUUGUUUGGGUUUUGUGAGCGCUGAUAUUUCGUUCCCCAGCAACUCCACACUUUCCUUCACUGUACAUUGCAGACGUAGGAGAGAUUAGGUGAGGCCGGAAUCAAGGUUUAAUUAGAUUAAGGGAUUAUAAAGUAUGGAAGCUGUUGCUGUUUCAUGUGAUAGAUCUGGGUUUCAUAAACCCUGUGUUUUCUCGGGGAGAUCAAGCAUUUUGUUCACUCAUCGCCUGCAGUUCUUGUCUUUUGAAUCGAUUUCCACUUUUGCAAAUUCUUCACUAAAGUAUUCUCCUUCAGUUGUUUUACCAAAGCAUGUGCAUACGAGAAUGGCUCAAAGAAGCAGGAGGAACAUGGUUGCUAAGGCAUCUAUGGAUUCAAAUGGAGACUCAGGACCAAUUGCCCCUCUUCAAAUGGAAUCCCCGAUAGGGCAAUUUCUAUCACAAAUAUUGAAAAAUCACCCACACCUCCUUCCGGCUGCCGUGGAUCAACAGCUGGAACAGCUGCAAACAGAUCGGGACAGUGAGUCCGAGAAGGAAGAGCCUUCCCCUUCUGGCACAGACCUUGUUCUGUAUAGGAGAAUUGCAGAGGUGAAGGCUAAUGAAAGGAGAAAGGCUCUCGAGGAAAUCAUAUAUGCACUCAUUGUGCAGAAAUUUAUGGAUGCCGAAGUUUCUUUGAUACCAUCCGUCUCAUCCUCUCCUGAUAAUACUAGCAAAGUCGACACUUGGCCAAACCAAGUCGAGAAGCUCGAGAAGAUGCACUCACCCGAAGCUCUCCAAAUGAUCAGAAACCACCUUGCUCUAAUCUUAGGUAAUCGCUUAUCUGAUUUGAGCUCUGUUGCCCAAAUAAGCAAGCUCAGGGUUGGCCAAGUUUAUGCAGCCUCUGUGAUGUAUGGGUACUUCCUCAAAAGAGUGGAUCAAAGGUUCCAACUUGAGAAGGCCAUGAAAGUCCUACCUUUUGGCGUGGAUAGUGGGAACCUGUCAAUGGAGCAAGUCCUUGCUGAUGACUCCGGACCCAAGGACCUUAACAAUCAAACUAAAAACUUGAAACCCAACGAUCAGGCUUAUAGUGGAAACCCAACGUGGUAUGAAGCUUCUCAUGGUUCUGAGCAAGAUGGGGUUGAUAUGGGUGUUAAUUUUAGCCCUGGUGGUUUUGGUUAUGGCCUCAAGUCUUAUAAACUACGGUCUUAUGUGAUGUCUUUUGAUGCCGAGACGCUCCAAAGGUAUGCAACAAUAAGAUCAAAAGAAUCUGUUUCAAUUAUUGAGAAGCACACUGAGGCCUUAUUUGGGAGACCUGAGCUUCGCAUCACCCCACAAGGCACUGUGGAUUCUUCGAAAGAUGAAAACAUAAAGAUAAGCUUUGGGGGCUUGACAACUCUUGUUUUGGAGGCUGUGACCUUUGGGUCCUUUUUGUGGGAUGUGGAGAGCUAUGUGGAUUCAAGGUAUCAUUUCGUAACAAACUGAGUCAGUGCGCUGAUAUAAGAGCGAGAGAGAGAGAGAGAGAGAGAGAGAGAGAGAGAGUAAUCUGGGAGACGGGGUGAAAGUGAAACAGUAAGGUAGAGGCACCAGGAGUUUUGUUGCCUUUGUAAAGGCUCUGCUGUAAACUUCCUUUGGGUUGUAGGUUUUGGAUAAAGAUUUAACUGUAAGAAAUGGUUUGGCGUCUUGAAUGUGAACUUUUCAAUAAGGGAUUGUAUACUAUGAGACCAUUUGUCUGCGGGAAAAGUUAUAAUAUAGAGGGGUAAGGUGCA